AUGGAGCAGCUGCAAGUAGAAGAGGAAAAGAGCAUCCUGGAGGCUAAGAGUGCAGCACUGCUGAAGUUCGAGGAAGGUGAGGGGAUGUGCGCUCAGGAGUCAACACAGCUGCUGCCAGCAACCCGUCUCAUCUCCUCCACUGGUGAGACAGCACAGCUGCUGUCGGCAGGCCACUUCGACGCCUGCACCGAUGAGACAGCACAGCUGCUGUCAGCAGGCCGCUUCAACACCUGCACUGAUGAGACAACACAGCUGCUAACAAGCGACGCCUACACCAAGGCCAAAGAGAAAUUGGUCAGUCGGUAUGGCAACGACUACCUGCUGGCGAACUCGUACUCCAAGCGACUGCGAGACUGGCCGGUGAUCAGAGGAGGAGACAACAAGGGACUUCAACAGUUGGCAGACUUCCUGGAACACUGUCUGAUGGCCUCAAGUGCCAUUGCUGGUAUGAGGACGCUGGACGACCCGUACACAGUGCAACUGGUGCUGAAGAAAUUGCCAUACUACGUCUCCGACAGGUGGAAACGCGUCGUGGACAGUAGCGUGUUCGGGCGCUCUCCUCGGUACCCAACGUUUGCAGCGUUCGUGGACUUCAUAACCACCGAAGCUCGGAUCGCGUGCGGUCCUGUCAGCAUGCAGAUGGAAGGUGAAGCUGACACCAGGGGAGCAAGACCUCGAGGAAAGGUGCACACCUUCUCAUCGUCCGCUGAGGUCUGCAACGCGUGUGGUCAUCAGAGUAACCCAGCGAGAGAGAAGUCUGUCACCAGAAGCAGACAGUGUGUCAUCUGUGGUGCUGACCACUCAGUGACUGCAUGCAGCAAGUUCAUCAAGAUGACGCUCACAGACAGAAGACACGCAGUUGAAGAGAAGAGGCUGUGCCGAGGCUGCCUGCGACCCGGCCACAUGUGGCGUGACUGCCGCAGGAAAGAGAGGUGUUCAGUCUGUCAGCGUCUCCACCCAUCUCUGCUGCACGAUGACGUCAUCCAAAUCAAGACAAAGGAAGACACACGGAAGACAUCGCAAGCAAGAGAGUCGCAACAGCGUGCGUCCCCGGAGACGUCAGCAAAAGCGACAACAUUGCGAUCCAGUCUAGGCGACAUGCAGGAGCACAACUCAUCUCACUGUCACACUAUGAUCGUGCCAGUGAAGGUCUUCCACAGGCACCGUCCGGAGCGCGCGCUCAUCACGUACGCGCUACUGGACGCCCAGUCGGACGCCAGCUUCAUGACUGACUCAGUCUGCAAGACGCUACAAGUCAGCGGCUCAGAAGUAGAGCUGGAACUCAGUACCAUGGCCGGCACGACAUCAUUCUCAAGUCAGUUAGUGAAGGAUCUUCGCAUCGAGAGUCUGGCUGACGGCAGUGUAACAGAUCUUCCAGACAUGUACACUCGUGCUCACAUACCAGCUGAUCGCAGUCUGAUACCGCAACCCAAAACCUGCGAGAAGUGGCCCCAUCUCCGCCAGCUUGCAGACGACAUCCGCGACGAGUUCGCGGAUGCGGAGAUCGGUCUACUGCUCGGCAUUAACUGUGCCAGAGCCAUCAAGCCCAGAGAGAUCAUCCCUGGAGACAACGACGACCCGUGGGCGGUGAGAACGAUGCUCGGCUGGGGAAUAGUGGGACUCGUCGCCAACAGGGUGCAAGAGAUACGACAGUCAACCAACCCAGAACAGUGGCUCUACAUAGAGUCCAAGAUGAACCCAGCAGACCUCGCCUCUAGAGGUGCAACAGUCGCCGAGCUGAUUGAGAGCAGUCUCUGGUGGCACGGACCACCAUUCCUGACAGCCCAGCAGAACCUGCCAGUAACGAAGGAACAGUUCGGCGUAGCGGACGAAGAUCCAGAAGUCAAGCGGUCCACGUUCCAGACAGUGACCAGCCAGAAGCAAGAGAAGAAGAAGAAGAUGACUAAACAAGAGGCAAAGGAGAAGAAGAUGACGAAGGAAGAGGAGAAGGAGAAGAAGAUGACGAAGGAGAAUGAGGAGAAGAUGCCAAAAGAGAAGACGAUGAUGAAGGAAGUCAACGAGCUCUGCGCAUCCAGUGAAGGAGAUGAGAACCUGACGCCUGUCACACCACAAGAUGAAAGCCACAAGGUGACGGGUGAACGGUCUAAGGACAAGCAAGAUGCCGCAGAAGCUCCAAUGUCCGACCUACCGAGAAGAAUGACGUACUUCUCCAACUGGCACCGAGCCAAGAAGUCUGUAGCGCUCUGCGUACGCUACAAGCAUGUACUAGCAGCAAAAGUGAACGCCGGUCGGUGCACAACAGCAAAAGUCUACAGUCAGGAUCUACGAGUCGGCAAGCCCCUCACGGUGGAGGAGCUCCAUCGCGGAGAAACCGAGAUCCUGAAAGCAACACAGAAGGAGGCGUUUCAAGAUGAGUACGCGCUCCUUAGCACAGCAAAAAAUGAAAAGAAGUUCUCCAAGAAGUCGCGUCUCUUCCGCCUGGAUCCGUAUUUGGACAAGGACGGAGUUAUUCGCGUCGGUGGCCGGAUCAGCAGAAGCGCGAUGCCACCAGAAGUCAGUCACCCAGCGAUUCUACCUGGGCACAGUCACGUCACAGAGCUGCUAGUGAAGCACUACCACGAGAAGACGGGCCACUCUGGCCGAGACUUGUACGUCCGACAACGCUGGCGGCGGGUCCAGUUCCUCGCGAACCAGUUCUGGACGAGGUGGAGGAGGGAGAUCUUAACGACAGCGGCGAUGCAAGAGCGCCAGAAAUGGCAGCACCGGCGGCCUAACCUACGUCCGGGCGACGUCGUCUCGGUGAUGGACGACGCAGAGCCGCGGCCGCGCUGGCCGCUCGGUCAGAUUGUCAACGUGCACCCGGGCGCGGACGGCCUUGUCCGCAAGGUCUCGGUGCAGAUCGGUGGAAGCUUGAAGAUUCGGCCAGUGAGCCGGGUGAUCCUCCUCAUGCGGACUGAUUCACAGCCAGAGCCCAGCUGCCUGCAUACCGAGAGUGAUUCCCGGUCGAGGAGCCCUGAGUGA